GUCAAAGGGCGUGACCUGUCCCAUCUCAGCCGCCGAGAGGCGUUGCAGUUCCUGGGGGACGGCUAUGAGCAGCCAGUCACUAUGCAGAUUGAGGGGAGGCACCGGCGAGGGAGAAUGCAUCAUCACUCCCAGUACCCAGUGUCUGACUGCGGCACCCAGACGGAGCGGCAAUCCUGGGAGGCUCUGAGGGCCCUAGAGGAGGUGGAGGGGGCUGGGCCUGGCCUCGGUGCCUACGCUUCUGGGUACGUGCUGCUUGGUUUGGGCCUCUCUAGCGGUUCUGUGUCUCUUUAUCUGCUUGUGUAUGCAUGUAUAAUGGCAGAUUAAUAGUGCCCCAGUUAUAUUGAACCAGUGAAGUACAGCGAUUGAGGCUCUGGGUUAGGUCAUUUAGAGUAUAGCCGUGAGAUGUAUACAGAAGUGGUGUUAGAAUUGAAUGGAACCAAUGACUGGAACUGGUCUAAUGUGUAAACAUAGUCAUUUACACUUAACAUGCCUACGGUGUGAAACAGCCAUGUUUUCAUAUGUAAUGAUCUCAUUCUUCACAGACCUUACUAUGAUCACAUGACCCUUCCACCAGAACUCUACGCAGCCAAUGGAUACCUCCCCAGUGUUGCCUACAAUCUGGAGGACAUUAACAGGAUAGAGUAUGAUGAUGUGAGUCAUUCUGCUUUUACAGAUGUAGGAUAUUAAUUUGAGCCAGUUUGCUACAGCAGGUAAAUAAUCCUGCUGCGACAGGAAAUGUUAAUUAUUAUGUGGAUUAUAAUGAAUGAACAUUUUUGUAAUGGUUGGUACAUUCUUUGUAAGGGAAAAUCAAGUCUACCAUUUCUAAGUGGAAAUGACAAGCUUCAGAAGUAUUUUUAAACCUCAAAUACACAAGCUUUACAUUUCCUGCAUUGUAGGUAAGGUCUCCUGCAAAUUAAGAUCCUACAUCUGUAUAUGAGUAUAGCCUAGCUUUUGUACAUCCCAUUGAUAUCUAUCUAAGACUUGUGUAUCCACUCCUUAUGUUCACCUAUACUGUUAGGAUCCAGAGAUGAUGAAUAACCAGCCCAAUAAUAGGAGCUGUCUGAUUGGCUGCUGUAACACUGAUAAUGAUGAGCCUAGCAACUUCCUGAGCCAGGUACUCUAAGAAAUAAAAUGAUAGACAAAUGUUUUAUAUUUGAACACAUGGUCAUAGACAUUCACAAUUAUAACAACCAAUGAUAUUCAUAGUUUCUUCCAUCCUCUAUUUCAGAGUGAAUAUGAGGGCCACUGGCUGGACAGGCCUCUGAAUUACCUACCCCUCCACGAGCUGGACAGUGGCCUGGGCUGCACUGACGGCAGCCUCCACCAGGGGGACCUGUCUGACCCAGAGACAGAGGAGGGGGUAGAGGCCCCUAUGUCCUCCCCUCCAGGAAACACCAGCCGGGGAAGCUCUCCCUCCUCUGAGUCCCUCCUCUCAUCAGAGCUCAGUGACUCUGGCUUCCACAGCGUCAGCACAGGGGAGUUCCGCCACUUCCAGAAGAUUAUAGAUGGGAGGAUCCACAACUACCGGAGCCGCGUCGUGCCCCGGGAGCAGAGAUCAAAGUCUCGCUGGGACCUGGAGUCCAUCCCUGAGACCCUGACCUGUGACCCCCAGGCUGGCAGAGCCCCAGACGGAGCUCACACAGCCAUGACCCACCAGUGCACCAUGGGUAGUAGCUCCAUUCAGUUCCGCAAAGCCAGGAGCCCCCAGCUAAGCAGGCAUGGUACCGGGUCUGCUCCUAGGGUUGCCUCCAGCUGCCGUACAGAACCCUGCCAGAGGAGAGCACUGAUGCUGAACCAGCACUCUUCUGAGGACCUCCCCAGCCGCAGCCACACCGUGCAUGACUUAUCAGACAGGAGACGGGCCAGCCACCCAACCCUGCCCGCUGGGAACACUGCCACAGGGAAAUACAGACACGUAAACAGACAACCGCCCAGCAGCCCAAACCACCUAGCCGUGCCCACUGAGAACUCUGGCACAGGACAAUACAACAGGGGGUUCAACACAGACAUCAUUGAGAAGAGGAGAAGGCCGCUGAGUGACCAUGUGGAAGGCACCUGGCAAGGAUGUGUGGGUGACCACAGAAGCAGUAUGGCCAGUGAGGAAUAUAACAGUGAGAAACAGGGUCUUUCCAAGAGUCCCUCAAAGAAACAGCCUGGGAAGGAGCCAGCAGACUGGCGUCAGUUUGCGACACUGGGACAUCCUCACAUUGGUGGGAACUGGCCCCAAGCAGACGGCCCCUGUGGUCCCCUCUAUAGCACGCUGGAUGGGCCCUCUGCCCGCUCCAGGAGGGGUCUCUCUGGGAAUCCCCGGGCGGUGAGGAACCAGCUCCUGAAGGCGCGAGCCUCCCGGCUGGCUGACGAACGCAGUGAGGUCACCACGGACGAGGAGGCCCGCGGGGAGGCCUGGGCAGGCCGCUACUGGAGCAGGACGGAGCGCCGGCGCCACCUGGCUUGGGCCCGGGAGCAGAGGCAGAGAAAGCUGAACCGUGGUGCUGAGGGGGCAGGGGAGAAUGGGGCUGCAGGUACAGGGGUUGCUGGGGGCCUUGGGGGUGCAGGUGGUCCUGGAGGAGGCUGCAGCACGGUGCUGGAGCUCAGCCAUAGGAAGCAGAGCCGUCUGAGGAACCAUAAACUGCUGGAUGACUGGACCACAGUGGAGGAGCUGCUGACCCAUGGGACACGGGUGGGGCAGGGGGACAACAUCCUCUGUCGCAGCCCUCUGUUGUCUGUCACUACA